CAGGAAACCUGACAUAGAAGACUGGAGCUAUAAAGCCAGCCUUUUCAUCGACUGCAGCUCCAGUCUUCAACCUUCCUCAACUUCAGCUGUUAGGUUAAGCGCUUCACUCUGAAAUCAUGGCCAAGGACAUAACUCUGCUGUGGGGCUCCGGAUCUCCUCCCUGCUGGAGGAUAAUGAUCGCUCUGGAGGAGAAGAACCUGCAAGGAUACAACCAAAAACUGCUGUCCUUUGAGAAGGGGGAGCACAAGUCAAAGGAAGUCAUGGACAUUAACCCCAGGGGUCAGCUUCCUUCCUUCAAAUGUGGGGACAAAAUCAUCAAUGAGUCCUGCGGUGUAUGCUUCUUCUUAGAGUCCAAGUACAAGUCACAGGGAACCAAGCUGAUCCCCGACUGCGAUGCGGAACAAGCAUUGAUGUUCCAGCGUGUGUUUGAGGUUAACACAUUCGGAGACAAAAUGGGUAUGUUAGUUCGGAGAUGCAGAAUAUGUCUCAGUUUUGUUUUGCCGUGCAGUGACAUAACUGUUGAAACCACAUCAGGCGGUUUCCUGGCAGGAAAGAACUUUUCCCUGGCCGAUGUGAUUGUUUUUCCAGCCAUUGCUUAUCUCUACCGCUUUGGGCUUUCUGAAGAGCGGUACCCAAAACUGACAGAAUACUAUAAAAAUCUGAUGAACAGACCCAGCAUCAAAGCCACCUGGCCUCCUACUUGGAAGGAGACACCAGGACAGGACAUACUUAAAGACAUCUGAGAUUCAGAUGCUCUUUGGUUAACCAGCUAACGUUUCCUGUUGUGUUUUUCAUGUAUACUGCUCUAUCCUUUCAUAUUUUUUAACAUCAUUUGUUUCUGAAACUGUCUGAUUCUCAUUGUGAUGUGAACAAACAGCAAUAAAAAAAGUUUCAGUUUUGUCUGCUUUAUUAAAAUCAUAUUAUUGACCACUAAA